CUUGUCUCUUAGCCCCGCCCUCCUGAAUAAUUUUGGCAUUUAUCCUCCAGACUUCGGUUCCAUAACAUCUUUUAUUUCUUUCAUAUUUCUCUUUAAAUUAAGAAACCAGUUAUUUUAUCUGGAGAACCCUAUCAUUACAUGGCCUAUUAUGGCAGAUCUAAACUAACUAGUAGCCAUCGACGAGAAUAUCGAAUCUGGAGAGGAAAAAGAAGAAGAGUAAUCUAUCUACAGGAUAAUGGGAAUAUAUCAAUCAGCUGUACGACCGGGCUAGGGCGCCGUUUGUCUCGACUGCCCCGAUGGCAUCGUUUGCUCUAUUGGUGGUGUUUGUCAAUGGUGGCCAUUAGCCGUUUGUCGUUGGCGACUAUUGAUUCCAUGUCCAUGUCCAUGUCCAGUAGCAGCGAGGUUGGUGUAGUUAAAUCCAGAUCUUCUGGAGGGUUCUCUACUAGGGCUGCCUUCUGUUUAUCUGGCUUAUCUGGCUUCAGUCGUUUGCGAAUUCCCGCCGGUUUGGCGAUGCCAUUGAUCAGGAUGUUGUCCCGUUGUUGGGGCGUGCCUGGAGUGCGGUCUCUGGCCGAAUAGCGAGUGACGGGCGCCAUGCGGUACUGCCUGCUAGUGUGUGAGGAUAAUCAGUGGAUGGAGAGCUUUGGGAGUGUAUGUCUGGCUGUAUGCCUAAGGGCUCAGACAUAUAAGUCACGUGUGAACUAAAUACGGAAGAAGGUAUUUCCCCGAGACCCCGGAUCGAAACCGGGACAUGCUAUGUACAUACUUUUUUUUCUUUU